AUGACGUCCAUUCCGAUUCUAGAUCUGUCAGAUGCCAGUGAUCCAGAGAAGAAGCCUCAGCUCCUGAGACAGCUCUACUCGGCCCUGUUCGAGGUGGGCUUCCUCUACAUCAUCAACCAUGGCGUUCAAGAGUCGACAAUUGACCAGCUUACCGAUUUCUUGCCGCGUCUCUUCGAUCUCCCGAAUGAAGAAAAAGCCGAACUCAGCAAGCUUAAUAGUCCGCAUUUCCUGGGAUACAGUGGGUUUGCGGAGGAGACUACGCUUGGGAAGCAGGACCUUCGGGAGCAGUUUGACUACGCCACGGAACUUCCUGUAGUGUACGAAGAAGAGUCUGAGCAAGUCAAGCGAUCGAGCAACGGUCGAGACUUCAAAAAGCUCUAUUGGAGACUCAGAGGGCCGAAUCAGUGGCCUGCUGAGCCUUCACUUCCAGGCUUUCGAAAAGCUUUUAACGAUUACCACAACGCCGUAGAAGAGCUAUCCUACCAGUUCGUUCAUCUCAUCGAAGAAGCUUUCUCCAUACCCGUGGGAACUUUUGAUCAUUUCUUCGGCCGAGAUAAUGGCGUGGGAAGCACACCGCAAGUACGGACGUUUCUCCCACCUCAGCAUCGUAUCAAGCUCCUACGUUAUCCUCCCACUACAUCAGAUGAGACCGGUGGGCAGGGCGUGGGUGCCCAUAAAGAUUCAUCCGGAUGGCUCACGUUCCUGUAUCAAGUAGGCGAUGAGCCAGGCUUGGAGGUACUUUCUUCAACGGGAGAUUGGCUUCCAGCAAAACCAAUACCGGGCAGUUUCGUAGUCAACUUUGGAAAUGCGUUCGAGGCUGCCACGGAGGGUGCUGUGAAAGCUACAGUGCAUCGAGUGAUCGCGCCCGGACCGGAGAGUAAUGUGCGAUAUUCCAUUCCUUUCUUCCAAGGUCUUCCGCUGGAUAUGAUGGUGUCUGAGGUUAGGGAAUAUAUACCGGAGUCGGUUAGGCGACUGAAGAUGACGGACAWGUCGGCCGGCACGUAUGUCUCUGCCUUCUUAGAUCCACGAUGGGACAGUUUGGGAGAAAGUCAGUUGAGGAAGUGGAUCAAGAGUCACCCAGAUGUGGCGCGGAAAUGGUAUGGCCAAGAAAUUGUGAGCUACUACUCGGCAGGGUGA